AUGCCUCCCAAAGCCGUCGCCCCGCAGGAAAUGCUUGACACUCUUGGUAAAUACCAGGGCGAUAGAGUCUUCGAUGGGUGGGAAGAGCUCUGGCAAAAGGGCGGCGACUGUCUUCCCUGGGACCGAGGAGUCCCCAAUCCUGCAUUGGAGGACACCUUGCUGCAAAAGCGUGCAAUCCUAGGCGGACCGACUACCACCGAUGCGCAGGGGCACAUGCGCCGGAAGAAGGCCCUGGUUCCUGGAUGCGGGCGAGGCGUGGAUGUGCUUCUGCUUGCGAGCUUUGGCUACGAUGCCUACGGGCUGGAGUAUAGUGCGGCCGCCGUUGCGCAUUGCAAGCAGGAGGAGGCGAAGAAUGGCGAUAAAUACCCCGUCCGUGAUGCGGAGAUCGGGCGCGGCCAGAUCGUCUUCGUUCAAGGGGAUUUCUUCAAGAACGACUGGCUGGAGGCCUUGCAAUUGCCGCUGAAUUGCUUCGAUUUGAUCUAUGACUAUACGGUAGGCCAAAACAUCAUCCCGGGUCCUUGUGUGUGGUAG